AUGGACAUUCUCUCGCUCUCCCCCCCCCCCCUCCACAGGGAGAUGGCGAGUGACGACCGGGUGGCCAUCUUGACAGAUGAUGAGGAGGAUCAGAAGAGGAAGUACGUCAUGGCAGAACCCUUCAGCACCCUGUCCAAAACCUUGGAUCAGAUAGCAGCAGGUGCGGGCCCCACCGCUGCCUCCCAAGGUCCAGCAUCACCCCCCACAGACACACCUGCCAAUCCCAGCAAUGACUGCCUGGAGAAGAACUGCGUGCAGAUCGACAACCACUUACUCAUCUCCAAGGUCUUCUACUUCUUCUUCUAUGCGGCCUAUGGGUCCCUGCACCCGUUGCUGCCCGUCUACUACAAGCAACUGGGCAUGACGCCCAGCCAGAGCGGCCUGCUGGUCGGGAUACGGUACUUCAUAGAAUUCUGCAGCGCCCCCUUUUGGGGGGUUGUGGCGGACCGCUUCAAGAAGGGCAAGGUGGUGCUGCUGUUCUCCGUCUUCUGCUGGUUGGUGUUCAACAGCGGCAUCGGCUUCAUCAAGCCUGCCUCCAUGACCUGCGUGGAGAGGAAACCUACAGUCGUGUCCCCCACCAGCUCCGCCCACCUCGGUCAGUCGGCCAAUCACAGCAGGAACCGCAGGGGUGAGAUUGGAUACUUUUUCCCCCUCCCUUUGGCAUCAGGCUCAGUUAGCGGUCCCCUGCACAGGUAUGUGAGGAGCGAUGGUGGUAAUGUCACGGGACCUGUGCCUUCCUCCACCACCUCCACAACAAUGUCGACCUCUUUCCCCUCCACCACCACCACCAAAACAAAAACAACAACAACAAAAACAGCAGCAACAACAACAGCCAGCUCAAAACCUGCCUCAAAUCUAACCACGACCAAACCAACCACCACAACUGCCACUACCAAAGUCUAUGACAUCAUCUCCAACCACGACCAGGUGGAGACCAUCUUUCUCCUGAUCCUGCUGGUCAUCAUCAUCGGUGAGUUCUUCAGUGCUCCGGCCAUGACCAUCGUGGACACGCGCACCCUGCAGUACCUGGGCCCCCACCGGGACCGCUAUGGUCUGCAGAGGAUGUGGGGCUCCCUGGGCUGGGGCCUGUCAAUGCUGUGUGUGGGCAUCUGGAUCGACCACACACACAUCAAGCUCUUCAUCCAGGGCACCGGCUGCAUCGUGCCCGACUACAAGAACUACCAGAUAGCCUUUAUUGUCUUUGGAGUCCUGAUGGCCGUUGCUUUUAUAGUGUCCACACAGUUCUACUUUGAGAGUAGUACUAGUGACCAUCGGCCAAUGGAGGUCCAGGUGGAGGAGGAUAAGAGACAGGAGGUGGAGUCUCCUCAAACGUCCAGUGGAGUUUCAUCUCCCGAAGGGCAUACGGUGGAAUCGUUAGAAUCUCAAAGUUCUGUCAGCCAGCGGUUCCUUUACAGGGAUCUCCUUCGGCUGCUGUGCGGUGUGCAAUACGGCUCGGUGCUCUUUGUGGCCUGGUUCAUGGGAUUCGGCUACGGCUUCGUGUUCACUUUCCUCUACUGGCACCUGGAGGACCUGAAGGGGACCACCACACUUUUUGGAGUCUGCUCGGUGCUUAGCCACAUCUCAGAGCUGGUAGCCUACUUCACCAGCCACAAGCUCAUCGAGCUCAUCGGCCAUAUAAGGUAUAUCAAGGGGGCAUGGGUCAAAAGCAAUAGCCUGGUCCCAGAUCUGUUUGUGUUUCUGUACGUCUUGUCAACUCCUGCGUGACAAUAACCCUAGGAGUUGGCUAGACAGCACAAACUGAUCUGGAACCAGGCUACAAAAGCAAGGCCAAAAUAAGCUUAUUCUGGUAUAGGUGUAUGCAAAGUCACAAUAUUAUUUUCUGUCUUUCAGUUUGAUUGAAUUCCACUUAAUAGCUCACCAUUCUUGGAGAUUUGUUUGGAUUUAGACUUAUCAGAAAGGAUCAUUUGUUCAGACUUUUCACUUGUUCCCUUUUUGUCAGUGAACAUAAACAACCUCAAGUAUUUUGAAAUUCAUCUCACCUUCAGUGAAUCAACAGUCUAUGUUAAUUUCCUGCCCUGUCCCUGUGUGAACUUGACCAGUUUAAGCUGAGUGCUAGAGUGACGAAAUGAGUGAGGGGAGUGUAAGGGAGGUUCAGGGGUGAUGCAGUAACCUGCUAAUGGAAGAUGUAGGUGUGCCACAUAGGCUUAUAACAGACCCUCCAACAAAUCAUAUCGGGAAAAUGAAUAGACAUUGGGAGAGAUCAUCUCUCGCUCUCUCUGAUUACUCUCUAGAGAUCCAUAUAUGAAGGAGAGGAGAGAGAGCGAGCGAGAGAGGGGAGAGAGAGAGAGGAAGAAGCCGAGAAUAAGAGAGCGAGCGAGCGGAGAGAGCUGAAGGAGGGCGAGAGGAGAGGAGAGGAGAGCUAGCGAGCGCAAGAGAGCGGAUGAGGAGUUCGUCUGAUAUCUAGCUCUCGCUAUAGUCUCAUCGCGAUCUAUCCUAGCUCUACUAUCAUCUCUCUCUCUCUCUUCUCUGUCUUCUUCUCUCUCUCUCUCUCUCUCUCUCUCUCUUCUCUCUCUCUCUCUCUCUCUCUCUCUCUCUCAGAGAGCAAAAGAAAGGGAGAGGAGGGAAAGGCAGAAUGUGGUGCCACCCAGAUGUUGACUAAGUGGGCAUUGCCCGAAUUGGCACACAGUUUGCAGAACGGACAAGCAGUUUUUUUCCAAUUCAAAAGCUUUAAAUGCAGUGUUUUGGGAAAGGAAAGAAACAUAGGCAAACAGGAAGACCCAUCCUGAGUGCUCAAGAGAUGAUUUUUUUGUCAGUUCUUCCGUCUAACGUCUGCCCUGUGAUAUUUCUCAGGCAGGUGACAUUUGCCAAAUCACCCACGCCUCUCUCUGAACAGGAUGAAUCAUUUGUAAUAACAAGGGUUAGCCAAGGGCUGGUCUCCCAGUACAAAGCCACUUAUGUUGUUCAAAUAUGGUUGUUUUAAGUGCAGCCAGAGCAGUUUCCUAGACAGUGGGAAAGUCUCUGACCAUUGCAUUCAUAUUAUCAACAAACUAUGGAUAAACUAACUAUGGAUUAGUUUGUAAAAAGCACUAUAUGCAGUACAAAUACAGGUACAUGUGUAAAAACAAUUAACAUUUACACCAAUAUUUAUACUUUUUACAAUGCCAUCAGCAUUGUAGAGAAUGAAUGAACAAUGCUGUGCUGAAUCCAUGGAGGAGUGAGAGAAAGCUUCUGUUCUCCCACAGAGUUCCACUGUGUGUGUGGUGUGGUGUGUGUUUCUGGACUCUUGUCAGAUCUUUGUUUGAUGGCCUGGUUUCUGCCUGGGCUGCUGGCAGGGCCUGUGGAAGCCUUUUGUUCCACUGGGGACAUGUAUGCGUGUAACCCAAUCCUGUCCAUUACUUCAGCAUGAGGCUCUCUCAAGGCUCUCCAUUGAUCUCCUGAACUAAAUGCCUGUGCAUAUUUCAUAUUACAUUUACAUUUUAGUCAUUUAGCAGACGCUCUUAUCCAGAGCGACUUACAGUUAGUGAGUGCACACAUUUUAAAAAAAUCAUACUAGGCUGUUAUUCAAAUUGCUGACUAAGAUUUGCAUGGGGCCUAAGACUAUGUGGAGACAAAUACUGAAAUAGUCGUUGCUGUCUGUGUCUGUAUGGUAACACAAUGACCAGUUAAAUGACUGCUGUGUGCUUAUGAGUGUGUGCAUGAGUGUGUCCUGUCCUGUCCAGCUCUAGUCUCUGUGCAGCAGUUAUCUGGUCCUUGUGACUGGUCCUAGUGUUGUCAGACACAGCCUGCCCCAGGUUUAGAAUGACUCACUGUAUGACACAGGCUUAAAGAGCCACACACACCCAGCUCUGAAAAUAGCUCAUGAGAGAAAAAUUACCCUAAAGCCUAAAACAGUACCUAUAGCAUUGUAUGUCCAAGGUCAAUAUAUGUAAAAUAUGCAUACAGUAUGUAAAAAAGUGUUUCUUAAAUGUGUCAGUAUAUUUGCAUUGUUUUUGUAGUUGUAAUGUGUUCAUGCCCACAAACACUGAGUAUACAAAAGUACCAUAGGGCGGCGCACAAUUGGCCCAGCAUCAAGUUUGGCCUACCGUCAUUGUAAAUAAGAUUUUGUUCUUAACUGACUUGCCUGGUUAAAUAAAAUACAAAGUGUGGGAAUGAAGGAUAUAGAAGUCUGUUCAGGGACAGUUCGGGUUUGACCUAUGAGCUUUGGCCUUACUUUCACCUGCAACUCCAUUGAUAUACACUGCUCAAAAAAAUUAAGGGAACACUUAAACAACACAAUGUAACUCCAAGUCAAUCACACUUCUGUGAAAUCAAACUGUCCACUUAGGAAGCAACACUGAUUGACAAUAAAUUUCACAUGCUGUUGUGCAAAUGGAAUAGACACCCCCAAUAAAGGACUGGUUUUGCAGGUGGUGACCACAGACCACUUCUCAGUUCCUAUGCUUCCUGGCUGAUGUUUUGGUCACUUUUGAAUGCUGGCGGUGCUUUCACUCUAGUGGUAGCAUGAGACGGAGUCUACAACCCACACAAGUGGCUCAGGUAGUGCAGCUCAUCCAGGAUGGCACAUCAAUGCGAGCUGUGGCAAGAAGGUUUGCUGUGUCUGUCAGCGUAGUGUCCAGAGCAUGGAGGCGCUACCAGGAGACAGGCCAGUACAUCAGGAGACGUGGAGGAGGCCGUAGGAGGGCAACAACCCAGCAGCAGGACUGCUACCUCCGCCUUUGUGCAAGGAGAAGCAGGUGGAGCACUGCCAGAGCCCUGCAAAAUGACCUCCAGCAGGCCACAAAUGUGCAUGUGUCUCCUCAAACGGUCAGAAACAGACUCCAUGAGGGUGGUAUGAGGGCCCGACGUCCACAGGUGGGGGUUGUGCUUACAGCCCAACACCGUGCAGGACGUUUGGCAUUUGCCAGAGAACACCAAGAUUGGCAAAUUCGCCACUGGCGCCCUGUGCUCUUCACAGAUGAAAGCAGGUUCACACUGAGCACGUGACAGACGUGACAGAGUCUGGAGACGCCGUGGAGAACGUUCUGCUGCCUGCAACAUCCUCCAGCAUGACCGGUUUGGCGGUGGGUCAGUCAUGGUGUGGGGUGGCAUUUCUUUGGGGGGCCGCACAGCCUUCCAUGUGCUCGCCAGAGGUAGCCUGACUGCCAUUAGGUACCGAAAUGAGAUCCUCAGACCCCUUGUGAGACCAUAUGCUGGUGUGGUUGGCCCUGGUUUCCUCCUAAUGCAAGACAAUGCUAGACCUCAUGUAGCUGGAGUGUGUCAGCAGUUCCUGCAAGAGGAAGGCAUUGAUGCUAUGGACUGGCCCGCCCGUUCCCCAGACCUGAAUCCAAUUUAGCACAUCUGGGACAUCAUGUCUCGCUCCAUCCACCAACGCCACGUUGCACCACAGACUGUCCAGGAGUUGGCGGAUGCUUUAGUCCAGGUCUGGGAGGAGACCAUCCGCCACCUCAUCAGGAGCAUGCCCAGGCGUUGUAGGGAGGUCAUACAGGCACGUGGAGGCCACACACACUACUGAGCCUCAUUUUGACUUGUUUUAAGGAAAUUAUAUCAAAGUUGGAUCAGCCUGUAGUGUGGUUUUCCACUUUAAUUUUGAGGGUGACUCCAAAUCCAGACCUCCAUGGGUUGAUACAUUUGAUUUCCAUUGAUCAUUUUUGUGUGGUUUUGUUGUCAGCACAUUCAACUAUGUAAAGAAAAAAGUAUUUAAUAAGAUUAUUUCAUUCAUUCAGAUCUAGGAUGUGUUAUUUUAGUGUUCCCUUAAAUUCUUUGAGCAGUGUAUAAUAACUUGCUAUAGGGUUAGUUAAACAAAGUAGUGAAAGUUCAACAUCUAUAAACCAUCUGUAGUGGACUAUUGAAAUAAAGUGUUACCUGACCUUCUCUUCCUCCCCAGGGUGCUGUACAUCGGGCUGGCCUGCAACACGGCCCGCUACCUCUACAUCUCCUACCUGGAGAACGCCUGGGUCGUCCUGCCCAUGGAGGUCCUUCAAGGUGAGGCUACACCGGGUGUCAUGGGCCUCAUGGCACGGCCACGCAUGGCGGCAUCUGUUGACUUAGCUUAGCAUAAGUGUUGACAUUAGAUAGAAAGGAGGAGGAAGUAGUGUUUGGACUGGCUGCCCACAGUGCACUUACAUUGUUGCCAUGUUGGCUCUCAGAGUUCAUUUCAGGAAAGGAACUCUCCCCUCAAUGACAAGAAAAGCUUGUCCUUCGCCUGGAAAACGCCCCUUUCCUCCGUAUCUAGACUACCCUGAAAGCCACAUUUAAGCCAUGAAUUACAACGUUGCAGCUAUACACGAAUAAGUAACAUUGAAGGACGCUUAUGAUUGUAGUCAUUCACUAGAAACAUAACAACACCAAAUAACAAUGUUUAGAGACACACAAAAUCUAAUUUCAAAAUCUCCACAAUUCUAAAGGAAGUGGUAUGACAAGACAAACAAGUGAUGGCCGUAGCUCUGGUUUGGGAGGUUAGUGACGAUAUGGGCUAGCUAAAGAGCUGUAUAGGGGGCGAGGCAAGCCAGACGGGCCUAAGGAGGGUAUGGUAGCAGGUUUGAUGGCUUUGUUUUAUUAUUGGUAGCUACACAAUGAGAAAAUUAGGCGUGUUGGAUGUAAACUGGCUAGUUGAGCCAGUUCAAACAUGACACACCCAAGCGAGUGUUAAUGACUAGGGUUAAGUCCACUCUCUCUCUCGCCUGUCACCUGCCACGAACACACACAGGACAUGUCCUCCCUUUGAGAUCAAUUAGAAAAUGGCUCCCAAAAUGUAUUUAUUUUCCCUCCCAAAAAGUAUAGUGUUGUGUACAACUUUUAAUGAAAACAAAUUACAGUUUACCUGGCCUGUUUGUUUGUUUCUGCUUAUAUGUUAAAUGUGAAAAGGACUUCAUUUAAAUGUUUGUUUGUUCUACUGAUGUUUAUUUUCAUUACCUACUACUGUAUAUCUCUUCCCUAGUAGGGAGGUUUAAUUAUAUUAAAUUAACAAGCCAAUAACUCGGCCUAAUUGUAUUACUCCCUGCCCCGACCUAGUGUAAUGAUGUAUGUGUAUUUGUGGAUGUGCCUGAGUGUGUGUGUCUCUCUUUCACUCACUCUCUCUGUAUCUCUGUGUAUCUAGGUGUGAGCCAUGCCUUAGUGUGGGCAGCGUGUAUCUCCUACCUGAGUGCUGCUGUGCCUCCAGAGCUGAGGACCUCUGCCCAGGGUAUCCUCCAGGGCCUGCACCUGGGGCUGGGCCGGGGCUGUGGGGCCAUGGUGGGGGGAGUGUUAGUCAACUUCUUUGGUAAGAGCCACUGUGAUGAAAAACCCCCAGCUGGAUUGUAUUGAAGUUAUAUUGAAUUGAAUUGCGUGUCCCCAGUUCAACCAACGAGAGAUAUUGGUGUCACUUGUUAAAGGUACAAUUUGCAAUAUAAACUGCUGUUCAAUGGUCAUUUUGUUGUUAAAUGUUCAUUAAUUGAAACGACCAUUGAGAACAGUAGUAAUUAUUGCAGAUUCCAGAUUGUACCUUUAACAGUGACUCCUACAUGACCAGCUAAUUGUAUUCACAGUCACAGUGGUCCCACAUGCCUUUCAAAAUGUUUUACAACGCCUCCCCUCUUUAUAAGGAUGCCCUGUCCUCCAUGGUUUUCAUAAAAUAAUCCAGGUCUUAACUCUUAAUAAACUACCACCAGCCCCAUCUUAAAUCAUUAGGAUAGGAAUUCUAUGGUCUGGAACGCAUUUGGCUGCACUCCCAGAAUAACAACUCUGUGUGUCUCUUUCUGUGCCCUGAAACAUGUUUUUUUUGGGGUAAAAUAUAUCCCUUAAAGUGCUGAAAUGGACAUUGAUUUUCAGUUUCUGUGUUAUAUGAAAAGCAAUGAGUGAAAUACAUAAAUGUAUUUGAAGAUUUUGUUUCCAAUGCCUAGGGCCCUCAAACUCAACUCUGGACCUCGAAGCCAGUUCCACUGCAUUUUUUCAUUGUUCCCCUCUAAUCAGGGACUGAUGUGGUCCUCUGUAGCUCAAUUGGUAGAGCAUGGCGCUUGUAACGCCAGGGUAGUGGGUUCGAUCCCCGGGACCACCCAUACGUAAAAAUGUAUACACACAUGACUGUAAGUCGCUUUGGAUAAAAAAUAGAAAUACAAAAAACAAAAACAAAAAUGUAGGGGAAUUGGGACACCAGAUAUGUGCAAUUAAUUAUCAGGUAAAACAGAAAACCAGCAGGCUCCGGCCCUCGUAGGGUAAGAGUUGAGUACCCCUGGCCUAAGGAGUAGGGGCUGAUUUGGAAUUAAGAAAUACUGUGCUGUGAACACGUUUGUCUAUUUGGGUUAUGGUUUAGGAGCAGCCCACACCUUCAGAGGGAUAGGAAUGGCAUCCCUCGUCAUCCUCCUCCUCUUCGCUCUCAUCCAAUGGCUGGCUGUGCAGAGUGGGGAGAAAAGUAUGUGUUAAUAAAGUUGAUCUUAUCCUACCCUGUCUGCUUCAGGCCGUGCCUCUGCAUGGGCUUACAGAAAAACAGCAUUUGCUGCACCUAUUAUGCCCCUUAAUGGAGAAGUGACUGGCUCCCAAUGUGGCAAGCAUAACAUGUACUACCACUAACUUUAAAUCCAGUUUUUCAAUCAGCAACUGAGAUAUUUAUAGACAUUAGAAUGCUGCAUGAAUCAUGUUUAGGAUGUUAAUAAUAGGGGUAGUUGUUAGGCCAGACACCUUAGCAGAAUAAGCAUGUGUAAUCGUUAUGAAAAAUGUAGCUUACGUUGUUUUCCAGACACCAAAAUGCUGGCUGAGAACAUUCCCGUCCCCUCCAGUCCUGUUCCCAUAGCGACCAUCGACGUUAUCCAAUCAGAUAACGCCGCCACAACGCCACCACCAAGGAAGACCAAGCACCAGGAGGAGCAGGAGGACCUGAGCAAGCCCCCCUGGGUGGUGUCUGCCUCGCCCUGGGUCACCCUGGCCUUCGCCCUGCACCAGAUCAGAGAGAUGGCUGUCCUGGCCAGGAGCAGCCCUGCCAACAACCAUCAGCCGCUGCAGGUAGGUAGACAGGGUGGCAGCUCGUGCGGUUCAGGCAUAUACUUAUAGGUUCAGGCUGUGAUUUGAGGCUGGGCCCAAAGGCGCAUGUCACUGGGCAGAGAAUGAAACAGUAGGUAGUUUAUGUGGAACACAGGUGGUUUAUCUAGGGAUUUGUGCAUGUUCCAGCCAAGGUUCCAUGUUGUAUAAUGUCCUCCUGAGAACUGUCUUUUUUAUUUAAUGCGUCCCAUUUUGAAGAAAGGUGAGAAUAUAAUACCUGCCUUUAGAACUGUAUUUUAUGAGGGUAUUUUUGCAUAUCUGUGCCAAGUACUAUACUUACAGUAUUAAAAAGAACUAUGACGCAACACUUUACUUUUGCUCUGUUUGGUAGGAGAUAAAUGAGAUUAGCACAGAUGAACCAACAGAGGAAACCUCCCAGUCCUCAUCCCAAGACCCCCCAAGCAGGUCCCCACAAACUGGACCCUCUCAGGGGGGAACCCCCCUACCUGACCAGGAUCCCCCUACGCCUGCUGACCAACCACCCCUCCCCACUGCCCACACACAGUAA